UCUCAUUUUUCUUUCGAAUUUUGACCGCGGAGGGUUGCACAUUACUGCUGCUCCUCGAAACCGAGACCGGUAUUUUUAAUUGUGCGCGCCUGAUAACUGCGAUAAUUCGAGCGCCAUGUGCGGUGGGUCCUUCUGCAGGAAAUAUAAUUCGAAAAGUGCAUAGAUCUUUCAUUCCUAAGAAAACAACGGUGUUUUUUGCUUUUGUUUCACACUGUUUCGCUUUCUGUGCGCGAAUACCGUUUAACUCAACGGUUCCUGGAAGAAGCAGAGGGACGACCGAAAAAGCGCAAAGUGGAAUCGAUCAAAACAAAAAGUGCAUGCUAAAAACAAAAAAUAUCACAAUGUUCGAACUGGAGGAUUAUUCGAGCGGCAUACACGAGGGUUUCUUCAGCAAAUAUGCGGAUGCGGCUGGACCCUCGCUGGACUUUUACGUGUCCGACUCGAUGCAGGAGAUGCUGAACGUAGACAUUCGCGCCGAGAUCGCCAAUGUGGUGGGCAGUUCCAGCAGCGACCUGACCUUAUCCCUGGACCAAACGUUGGAGGCAAUAUCCGCCAUCAAUAACAACCAGGCCAGCGGAAACAGCAGCCUGCCAGUUUCGUACAAUGCCAAUGCGAAUUUCCUGACCAGCAGCUCACUCCACGCCUCGCCCACCGCCAAAUGGAUGGGUUCGUCGUCCAGUUUUUGGUCCAACACAGAUUACUAUGCGGAUUUGGGGGCCUGUGUGAAUCCCAUUUCCGUGAUGCCGCUGAUAAACUCGUCUUCCGGAUCUGGAUUUUCUUCGCCGAAGCGAAGCAAGACAGUCACAUGCACUCAGGGAAGAUCGGGAGCUGCACCCUCGUCUCCCAAUGCCGAGAGGGAUCAGCACAAGUCCCACCUGACCUUCUCGCCGGCCCAAAUGAAGGUCAGUGCAGGCUCCAUGCGGCGGGAGCAAGUGAUGGCCCACAUUCCCAAGCAGAUAUCCGUGGUCACGGGAACAGGAACAACAGUCCCUGCCACAAUGGCCACAAAUUCGGUGCUUCAGCGUCGGAAUUCCUCGGCCGUGGAUGCAGUGCGCAAGGAUUUGGCCACAGAGCUGCGCAAAGCCCAAUCCAGUCCAGUGCCCAAUUCCGUGGAGGAGCUGGGAAAGGCUAAGGGAUCCACACUGCUCACCGCGGGAGGUGGAGCCACCAAUACCAUUAAACUGGCACCAGGCAUCGGCGGUCUGACCUUUGCCAAUAGUGCCGCCUACCAGAAACUGAAGCAAACCACUUCGGUCAAGUCACCAACAGGAAUCUCGCCAGGAGCGGGAUCCAAUAUGGGCCUUAAGCGAGAGGACUCGAACAAACGAGGACUGCAGGUCAGCACCACACCAAAGAGCAUUGCCUCGGCGGCCAACUCGCCGCAUCAUCAAAUGCAUAGCAACUAUAGUCUGGGUUCGCCCUCAUCCAUGUCCUCCUCAUCGGCCUCUUCUCCUCUGGGAAAUGUGAGCAACCUGGUCAACAUAGCGAAUAACAACACCAAUGGAGCUGGUGUCGGUUUGGUAAAGCCAUUACAACAAAAGGUCAAGCUGCCGCCAGUGGGCAGUCCGUUUCCCAAGCCCGCCUACUCCUACUCUUGCCUCAUUGCUUUGGCCCUCAAGAAUUCGCGUGCUGGAUCACUGCCGGUCUCGGAAAUUUAUAGCUUCCUUUGCCAGCAUUUCCCGUACUUUGAGAAUGCCCCCAGUGGCUGGAAGAACAGUGUGCGACACAAUCUGUCGCUGAACAAGUGCUUCGAGAAGAUCGAAAGGCCAGCCACGAAUGGUAACCAAAGGAAGGGCUGCCGCUGGGCCAUGAAUCCCGAGCGGAUCAACAAGAUGGACGAGGAGGUGCAGAAGUGGUCUCGCAAGGAUCCGGCUGCCAUACGUGGCGCCAUGGUUUAUCCUCAGCACCUGGAGUCCCUGGAAAGGGGAGAGAUGAAGCACGGAUCAGCGGACUCGGAUGUGGAGCUGGACUCUCAGUCGGAAAUCGAGGAGUCCUCGGAUCUGGAGGAGCAUGAAUUUGAAGACACCCUGGUGGAUGCCAUGCUGGUUGAGGAGGACGAAGAAGCUGAGGAGGAUGGUGAUGAAGACAUGCUGAAGGAGUUUGAGGCCAAUGAAGAGCGCCGUUCCCAUGUCAACGGCAACCAGUCUAAUAACCUGCCUAUCAACCAUGCACUGCUUGGCCAGAAAAGGAGCGAUUUUGAUAUUGAGGGCGACGAACUGUACGAUGCCAUCGACAUUGAGGACGACAAGGAGGCGGUACGUCGAGCCAUCGCCAACGGCCAGGCGCAGCACAUCAUUGAAUUGAAUCCCGCUGAUUUGAAUGCCAACGACGGAUACCACCAGCAGCAGCCGCCAUUGAAGAGGGCUCGCGUGGACAUCAACUAUGCGAUUGGUCCGGCUGGAGAGCUGGAGCAGCAGUAUGGCCAAAAGGUCAAGGUCCAGCAGGUCAUACAGCCACAGCAGCAUCUGCCCACAUACAACAGGCGCAAGAUGCCACUGGUCAACCGCAUCAUCUAGAGCGGGCACAGCCCCCAACCCAUUACAUUAAUCAGUUAGUGCUAGGUCUUUGGUAUUUAAGAAAACCCAUGCUACGCUUACACAUUAUCCCUAAGUCCCCCCAACAUUCAAUAUCGAAUAUCAGUUUUAAGUUUUUGGUUUCUUGUGUAGAACCCAAAUUGUUAUUCAAUACCCCCUUUAUUUGUAGUUCAGUUUGGCUGCCGUUUGAUUUUAAAUCUCGUUUCGAGCAUGGGCCAACUGAAAAAGAGAGGAGAGCUUGUCCCCUCUGCCUUCGCUAAAAUUGAAUCUUUUCUUUAGUCGCUUCUCGAAUAAAUCUUUAUUAAUUAUGUUUCACGAACAUCCGAAAUUUUGUUCCACUUGACGAUACUUCGAGUCCGUUUCUCCUGACGCUUGAACAAAUAACUCAAUAGGUUCCACUGACGACGCAUGAAGCAUGUUAAUUAUUUUCCAGACUUGAGCCUUCGGGUGAUUGAGCUGUAAUUUUUGAUUUGAUCUCCUACUGACAAAUGAAAUUUUAUCCUUCAGUUGAUAAGGAACUUGACAAUGCAUUUCUGACAAAUGACUCCACGGGUAGUCGUAGAAUAAAAAUAAUGUGCAACACAACGAUUAUUUUGACAACGAAAUGUAAACAGUAGGUUUAUGUUUCCACCUUUUGUUGAGUAUUACAAACAUUUUCAGCUUAAAUUUAAGAAAGUUGAAAAAUCACACAUACAAACAACUUGCCGGUCCAGUAUUCGUAUGCGAGGUAAAAUGCGGAUUUUUAUAGAACUUUUGUAUGUACUGUACUAUAUAUAUAAAAACUCAGCAAAACCGACAAUUAUUGUCGGAAAGUUCAGUCAAUUAAUAAUAUGGUUAUUUUUUAAGGCGGUUCGGUAUGUAAAUAGUUUACACGCAGAGAAAAACUUGUAUACUAUGUGCUUAGCUGUAAGUAAGAUGUAUGUACAUUUGUAAGCCAAACCCGAAUUCCAAAUGAAACAAGAUCGAUCCGAAAACCAAUAAGACUUGAAAGAAGCGUACCCGAUAAAUGAACACAUGAUCAAAGCCUCAGAAGUAAAAUAGUACAAAGAGCUAACUAAGUUACGGGCGAGUAAAACAAAGCAUUUACAAAGCCAGCUCAUGGAUGGCUCAUGGAUAUAAACCAUUACGUUUUCUCAGCUGAUGUUUCGACUCAGUUUUCGCAUUCAACAAUUCCAUUAAACGAACCAACAACAUUCAUACAAUUUUUGUUGUAAUAUUAGCACCUAAAUAGCAUUACAAAACUAUAGUUUACCCCUAAGUUAAUCUAUGUAAAUGAUUAAACUAAGAAAGGACAAUUUUUGUAUAGAGUUGUUAGAAAAUCAAUUGACAAAACAAAUUGAAACCAAAAAAAAAUAAAUAAAAUAAAAUACUAAAAUUUGAA